AAUUCGGUUGUUUCCUGCGUUAGCAACAAUGGCGGGAAAGCAAAUUUCUGGCGACGGCUUGUCGGCGAACCUCGCUGGGAUGUCAAAGAACCAGCUUUAUGAGAUCAUGUCUCAGAUGAAGAGCCUUAUUGAACAGAACCAGCAGCAAGCGAGGCAGAUCCUCAUUCAGAAUCCAAUGUUGACUAAAGCGCUUUUUCAGGCACAAAUUAUGCUUGGAAUGGUGCAGCCCCCUUCGGCGAUUCCAAAAAUUCAGCCAACAGUCUCACAGAGCACUCAGCAGCCAGUACAGUUGACUCAACAGCCCAACAUUCAGCCUGCUCCAUUUUUGCCUGGGCAAGGUGGUCUACAUGAUCAAGCAAGUGUACCUCAAAACCAAAUUCUUCCAAGGAAACACCAAAACCAACCUCCAGUGCCAAUGUCAUCUGCUGCUGUCCCUUCAGCAAGUCAUCAAUCCCAGCCCAUGCCUGCACAUUCUUUGCAGGUGCCACAGCAACCUAAAGUACAUCUGACUCCCCAAAUGGCCCACGUGUCUCUUCCACAAUCAUCACAACUUCCUAAUGCACCUCCACCCUCUCUUCAUUCAUCUUCACAGCUCCAUCAAACCCAUAUUCCAAAUGUUUCUGCUCAGUUGCAGCAACCAUUGCAGGCACCUGGAUUUUCACAUAUGCCGCUGCAACCACCAAUGCAAUCACAGUCCAGACCACCUUCAGGACCCAACUUUCAUCAUCAGUACCCCCCACAAAUGGGGGCCAAUAUAGGUUUUCCGCAUUCUAGCGGUCCCCACAAUCUUCCACAACCCAUUUUUCAUCCAGGUGCGAAGCCAGCAAGUGUUGGGCCAUCGUUUCCACAGGGUCUGACUCCAGUUCCAAGUCAGUCAGCUACCCAGUCACCUUAUCAGGUUGGGGGAGCUGGAAAUGCAGUGCCAGUUGAUAGAGGGUCUUCUAGGAUACCUGGUCUCUCAGAAGGCAUAAUACAGCUUUCUGGCACUCCGGGACCUCCAUCAUUAGUUCCUGGUCAGAUGGGCGUUGGCAAUCAGCCUCUUAGGCCUCCUUCUUUGACACCCGAGAUGGAGAAGGCACUGCUUCAGCAGGUCAUGAGCCUUACACCGGAGCAGAUAAAUCUCCUGCCUCCAGAACAAAGGAAUCAAGUGCUACAGCUGCAACAAAUGUUGCGCCAAUGAAACAAAGAAAGCUAUAUAUACCAAAGAAAGCAACAAACGUUCAAGAUACAUUAGGUGCAGGAUUUGGGGUGUUGAUCUUCCAAUUCAACGCUGCUUGUUCGCAGAGAGAAUUGGUGCAUCUAAAUUCGAGCUGAGUGGCUGCGAUGAAGGGUUUCUACGUGAGCUGACUCAGUUCAAGUUGUUGUGACAUAUUAAACUCCAAUUUGUCUAUAAUUUGAUUGGUCUGAACUUUGUGAAUUUUGGGGUCUUUAUUUUUUUUUUUUCUAAUUUUAGUAUUAUGUAGUGGCAGUUGGGUAGCCGGAUGUUCCUUAAAGUGAUUAGGUGGGUGAAAUCAUGAAAUAUGAUGUGUUUUAUUUUA